CAUUCGGCGGGAUUGAACGAUGGGUGCUGCAGCUCAUUCUAGUAUAUCUGUCUGAGUGUUGGUUUCUUGCCUUGAUUUCCUAGCUUAAUUGUUUCUUUUUUGUUUGCUUCUCGGCUCGAGUGCUCGACCCCUCCUUCAUCAGCAUUCUCUCACUGGCCUUUACUUCCUGCAGGCCUGCCUUAUUUCGAAUUGCCAUCAUGCUGGGUCGACUGUUGAGCACUGCCGCGGCUACUCUAAAUCCGGCGACUUACAACGCCAAAAACGCUCACCAAUUAGAAUCCGUCACGGAGGAGGAACAUACAUCUGGCUUACUAUUCCCCGAUGCUAGUCUCCUCCGACAUUCCCAUACGCACGCAUAUCCGCUGCAUACGGCCUACAAUUCCCCGAACGCUUCUACGGCUGGUGCCUAUGAUGAUCGCGGCGGUGUCGAGUUGGACCCGCUGAAGGAUUUCCGGGUGAUAAUUGCACAAAAUGCAUUGGGAGAUCGAGAUGCUUGUGUCCUGUUGGACACACGCGCCAGUUCGCAGGAUCAGACUUCUAUGGGACUUGGGUUGGAACCUCAGGUGUUCGACAAUACCACCGGUGCGAGACAUGCCCGUACGGUUUCGAAUCUCACCCGUGGGCCACGGCGGGGCUACUUGUCGCAGUCGUCAGCCGCGGAGCCAAGCCCACUUUCUAUGGCCGCGGAGGCACGGAGGUCACCUCCCAUGUCGUCUGGCGCUUUCAUGAGGGCUCGUGGUCGUAGUUCCACGCUAUCGCCGGUGGGAAGCUAUCAUGAACCUAGCCACCCUCGCUAUGCUGCGGACUCGAAUGAUACCGGUCUUUUAAAUUGUAUUUUCGGCAGCAGUGCGUUUAGCUAUAGGGGGUCAUCGACGAAGAUGCAUAUCAUCUCUGCCGAUGAUGAACCUGGCAAAACUGCACCUACAUCUCCUGCAACCCGCAACUCUCUGUCGCGCGCGUAUACAACUGGAAGUCAGUCAGCCUUUACAAGCACCAGCCGCGGGAAUGAGUCCAGACCGCCAGCAAAGGUUACGAUACUCCUGACUAGAAUGUUCAGCGUCCAUCUACCCGAAGGUGGUGAGACGUCUCCGGAUGGCAUGAACGCGGCUGGUUCUGUGAACCAAGACUCACUUCCGAACAGCGGUUUUCCUUUUCCAGACGUCACGAAGCGUCGGAAGAUCAAGGAGAAAAAGACACCGAUGUAUGCUGUGGCAAUUACUAUCCAGAUUCCGCUCCUCUCUCGGAACGCAGGGCGACCGGCCUCACGGUUCAAUGCCCAGGGUCCGGACUCUCCCAAACCGGGAAUGUCGUGCUCUUUGGACUCGGACUACCGUUUCCGUGGGGGUUUCCUCGAUGACAGUUUGUCCCUUGCAAGCCCACCUGCGAGCCUGGAUGAGCGCAUUGAUCUUCUGGUUGAUCAUUGGGAUGUAAUAAACCGCACCCUGUCACACUUGGAGAGGCUUUCGCGAAGAGAAAUCCUUUUUCUGCUGAAGAAGGUAGAUUCCUCUUCAGCCAUGCAUCCAAAGCCAGCUAAACCCCCAAACAUGCAACGAACAAACCAAACAUUUGUCCACCUGCCUGCGAAUAUCUUGGCCGUAAAUUCCAGGCUACGAGACGAAGCGAUCCGCAGCAGCCGUCGCAUUAGCACGGCGUUGCAAAUGCCAUUCGUCGUAACCGGCCAGAAUCGGUGGGGUGUGUGGCGUGAGGAAGGCCGCUCCAUCAUUCGCAGCAUUGGAGAUAAGGACCACAGCUUCUUCUUCCUUGUUCUUAUUACAGCUUUCCUGGGUAACCAUACUGAGUGGCUCAAUGCCCUUGGUCCCGAGUGGUACCGACGGAGGCAUUAUCUGCAGCAGAAAGCCCAGCAGGAUUCUGACCCGCUUCUUGCUCACCGCACUGUCAUUAUAUCGCCUGACAAGAUGACGGCGCGGAGACUUAUUUUCCUACUUGCAGUCUUUCUUCCACCGAAACAGCGUUUCGAGCCUCUCCCUUCCCCUAUUAGGCCGGGCACCGCGGCUUCCACCAGGGCCAUUUCUCAGAGCCCGCCAAAUGUCCCGGUUCUGCGGCAGGAGUCCCUGCGGAGAGUGAUGGAACGUCGAUCUCGCGCACAACGCCUCACUCUUAGUGAAAGAGAACAGCACCAGCGGUCCGUGAGCGUUUCGUCGUGCGAGACGGCGCAUCGUUCCACGGAUGAGACCGAGCCGUCGGUGACACCGGACUUCACUACCAUGCGCCGGGGAUCCGACGCUCGCUCCAUUCGAGCAUUAGGCGUGCCCGUUCACGCCAAGGAUAUGCGCGCCAGGACUACGAGUGCGGCGACAACAUCAACCACCACUCCUGGUAGUACUGUUCCGGUCCCUCACUUUGCUUCUCAAGGCCGCUCUGAGCGCGCAGGGUCGGACCAGGCAGUGGCUGAUGGGCCCGACAGCCUCGCGUCGGAAACACUACUGAGGAGUCUCCAACGAAGCGAAAGCACAAACACUAGUGCGAAUGGCAGUGUACCAUCUGCUAAUGGUCGAUGGGGCAACAUAUUCUCCGGUCUGUGGAACGCCCGCCAGGAAUCGUCUACUGGUGACAGCGAAUCUGUGGCACCAACUGACACCCGCAAACGGUCCGUGUCAGCGUACACAAAUCCUCCGAGGCGCCCUCCUCCCACUCUGAGUCAGAUGGUCAAAGAGGCAUCGCUCGGACCUACCGAAGUCUCCCCGAAAAGCGCAACCAGCAACCACAUUUCCAUUCCGCAGGCUUCAAAUACCCACCAUGGAUAUGAAGACGACGAUGCCCCGGAUGAGGCUGCGGCUACGGACCAAGCACGAGAGUCGUCGCUGAAGUUGUCGGUCCGAGGCGAUGAUGGCAUUGUUGAUGUUGAUCUUCCUUUGCCCGGGUUCGUCUCGCUUUCUUCAUCUGGCGAUUCCACAAUGGCAUCACCGAAGAAGACACGAACGUCGGUUACUAGUGUUGACGCCGUAGCGUCUACGCACAGCAGCACAUCCGGCUUUCCCUCUACCUUGAAAGACAGUGAUGGACCUAACAUGAACGUUGCUGGCUGGCUGAAGAGCUUCCAUGAUGACUUCUUACUUCAAGCGGUCCGGCCCUAUAAUGGGCUCGAGGCUGACAUCAAGCGUGCCAUGCAAGCAGAACCGAUGUCAAGCCAAGCCGCGUGUCUUGAUGCGGACGGAUCCGGACGAUGGGUUGAUGUUGCGACCACUCUCAUUGCGGAUGUGCGAACCUUCACGGUGAAGCGGCUGCGGCUACGUCGUAAAGUCGGGAGUGCGUCUUGGCGCAACACAUCGCCUUCGUUCUCUCCCCAACCAGGCACUCCUCGUCAUGUCUCCGGCGGCUCGGCGUCUGCGUCGCAGCUGACCAGUUUCUUUUCUCAAGCUACUGCUUCCAGCAAAUCGUCCGCUAGUUCUUCAUCUGAUGGGUUUGGCUCAAGUGAUGUAGAAGAACGCUUUGUGGAAGAGCACGUGAUGGAUUUGGAUGGCACGCUGGUAGACGCUCUAGAACGAGUUCUCGCUCAGAGCGGCCCUUCUUCAAUGGUACACUCCCGGGCUCCGUCGCCCACGCGCACUCGGCGCACUGAGGACAAGCAUAUGUCAGACGUGCUGAGCCGGGACGAGAUGCGCCCAGUGGAGGUUCCUCGGACCGAGUGUCGCAAACUUGUCUUAAGCGCACUCGACGAGGUCGUUCGCAGUGUAACGGCGGAACACUGCCGAGAAGAUGAAGGCGAACUGGGGCCCACAGACCGGGACCGCCGGCGAGUACAGACAGGAGGUGAUAACACGUUACGCGAGGGCAUUCGUAAAUGGCUCCUUGAUGUUGAAGAGGCGUGGUAGGCCUGUUGUGUAGUUGGGGCGGUCUAUGUUUGGGAUUCAUUAUUACUUUUCUCUUCUCCCUGUUUUUACCGGGGGGUGCCCUUAUACAGUUUUGUUUUCAUUUUUGCGCUUUGAUAUCAUCAUGAUACCCAUGUGUUGAUUAUAGUUUCUCAUUCGCCCAAGCAUACAUUUGACCGCACCCAUGCCUGCCUCCUUCACCUUGUAUCUCACUAUGUAGAUAAGUCAGAAC